GAACUCCCGCGCUAUCCAGCCGCCUGGUCGCACCUCGCUUGGCCACUGACCCGGGCAUGGAGGGGGUCUCGGUGCUGACGAGGGGUAGCGCGGCCGCCGCCAAGGUGGAGGAAGCCGCAGCCGCGCCGCCCCCACCUUCAAUCUCCCCGCCUGCCCUCACCCCGGCUCUCUCAGUGGGUGAGGAGGGUCCGUCGCCUUUGCCCGAGGCGGGGGCUCCCGGCUGCUCGGGCUCCCGGCCCCCCGACCUGGAGCCGGAGCGCAGCCUGGGCCGCUUGAGGGGCCGCUUCGAGGACGAGGACGAGGAGUUGGAAGACGAUGAGGACCUGGAGGAAGACGAGGAGGAGGAGGAGGAGGAAGAGAUGAGCCACUUCUCGUUGAGGCUGGAGGGGUGCCGGCCCGAAUCCGAGGACGAGGAAGAGCGCCUGAUUAAUCUCUCCGAGCUGACCCCGUACAUCUUGUGUUCCAUUUGCAAAGGUUACUUAAUAGACGCGACGACCAUUACAGAGUGUCUGCAUACAUUUUGUAAAAGCUGCAUUGUAAGACAUUUUUACUAUAGCAACAGAUGUCCAAAAUGCAACAUAGUAGUACAUCAGACACAACCUCUUUAUAACAUAAGGUUGGACCGACAGUUACAAGACAUAGUGUACAAAUUAGUGAUCAAUCUAGAGGAAAGAGAAAAAAAGCAAAUGCAUGAUUUCUAUAAAGAAAGAGGUCUAGAAGUACCUAAACCUGCUGUUCCACAGUCAGUCCCUUCAAGCAAAGGAAGAUCUAAGAAAGUCUUAGAAUCAGUGUUUCGGAUUCCACCUGAACUUGAUAUGUCUUUAUUAUUAGAGUUCAUUGGUGCUAAUGAAGGCACGGGACAUUUUAAGCCACUGGAAAAGAAGUUUGUCCGAGUUUCGGGAGAAGCAACUAUUGGGCAUGUAGAAAAAUUUCUCAGAAGAAAAAUGGAUCUUGAUCCAGCUUGUCAGGUGGAUAUCAUCUGUGGCGAUCACUUGUUGGAGCGGUACCAGACUCUGCGGGAAAUCCGGCGUGCGCUGGGUGAGGCAGCGAUGCAGGAUGGUCUUCUGGUCCUUCAUUAUGGUCUUGUGGUUUCCCCUCUGAAAAUUACUUGAAGAUUCUAGGAGCAUUAGGAGGGGGGGAACAAGCCAAGGUGGCUUCUGCAGGAUUGCGUCUCACCAAAGAUUUUCAUGAAACGUAAUUGCUACCGCUUUGUGAGGAGACAUAACUUACCUGUUUUCAGCACCGAGCAUCAUAACAUUUACAAGUACAACUUGGAACGAUGGGAUGCAUCUGUUUUACUAGCAGCUGUAUAUCAAAAGCAUCCACAGCUCAGGGCGAAAUUUUCAAAGUAUUUUUAAAUUCCUUGUGAUUUCAAAUACUUUGAUACUGAUUUUGCUUCCACAUCUUUGAUGUAAAUCAGUUACUGUUUUCUUCAUUGAGCCAUAUCACUCUUAAGUUGGUGGUUAGGAUUCUACUCUCUGGAGUGGCAUUAGGUGGGCAGGAAAGAAGUGUGCUUUUGAAAUGAAGAUGAAAAAUCAGUCUUCGUUAAACUGUGCAGAUGGCACCCCUCCACACAAAGACCAAAACUGUUGGCCACUUUGUGUGUUGCCGUCAUAUUUUGAACUUGAAUCUUUUUUUUUUUUUUACCAGCAACACUACUAAACAGAUGUUAUUCACUUCUAAAAGGGAUAAAUUAUCAUUAUUCUGUGUGAGGAGACUGUCUCCUAUAUGGUUUAUUGGCCCAAACCAUGAGCCUUCAGUGUAAUAAAGACUUCUUUAACAUAUCUUACAACAAGGGGUGCCUCUUUGUGACAAUAUUCUUAUUCCUAGAAUGUUAAUUUUAUUAACAUUCAUUUUAUUUGAGUACAUAGUAUGAUUAUUGAUACCUUGUAAUGACACUGCUUCUGAAAGUAAUAAAAAAUUUGAGAAGUUUACAGAAUACUUACUCAUUGUUUCUUCAGUAAGUCAGUUCAUGGUUCGUUUUCCCAUUACUUUGUCACUGGGAUAGAGAAUACGGGUGCUUGAGACCUCACUCACACACAGAAACUUCAGUUUUAAACAUUAUUUUGCCUAAGAAUAGCAUUUUGAUAGCUUUCUAAAAGAAAUAUUUUGUAGACUAUAUUUCCAAGUCUGCAUAGAAACAAUUACAAUUGGGUAAAAAUUGGCAAUUGUUUUAUAAAGGAUUUGUGAAUUGUGUAUAAAUCUCUUCUAACA